AGGAGGAGGAGCAGGAGCAGGAGCUCGGGUGCCCGGGGGGGGAGCAGGAGGGGAGCGGCGGCAGCGGCCCCGGCCGCCCGGCGGGGAGCGCAGCGCCCUGCCCAGCCGCACGGCGCAGGGCGAGGAGGAUGCGCUCGGGGGGGGCUCGUCCUGCUGCCCGCACACGGGGCCGGGGAGCGGCGGGCUGGGACGUGCCGGCAGCCGGAGGGCUGAAGGACCGGAACCGUUGGGGGAUGUGAUAAAAGCCGAUAAAAGCCCGAAGGACUUUGUGCGCGGCGUGGCGGUGCGCGGCGGGAGGCGAACUCCGGGAAAGCGAGCUUGCCGUCGAGCUGCUGCAAGGGAAUCGAAGACGAUUUUUCUUUUCUGGUAGCUGAAAUUCCUCUCGAAGACCCGGCAAGGACUGCCGAAAGCUCCAGAGAGGUUCCGGUACUUUUGCAGAGACUUGAAGCAAACGCCAGCGGAAUAUCUCAAUGACCUUGGAAAUCAUUUUAUGUGGAUUCAUUAAUUCUCACCGCCAGUCUUCUGGUCUCAGGAACUCCAGGAUUAAAGAUGGUUUUAACCUGCUAGGGGCCUUUCAAAAAGCAAGAUUGUAUGCUAUUAAUUACCUGCCUAAUGAUUCCUGAACUAAUCAAGCAUUUACUUUAAACUGAACGCAGAAGAUGCUUUCUUGUAAUGUUUGCUUUCUCCACAACUGCGAAUAAAAUGAGCAAGGUAAUGUCCUGCAAUUAGAAGAACAAUUUUGUUUACACAAUUGUUAUUAUGCCGAUCAUCUAAUAAAUCUAGCAAUUCUAAAACUACCUAGAAGAAGCAGCAGAAUAACAGAAUAAUGGAGUAGUAAACAAUGGCAGCUUUUCUAGUCAAAUCAGCAUUUCAUUAGCCUCACAGCAGAAUGCAGAUGGAAGUUUCUGUUCGUGUAGUGUGGGGGUUUGUGAAAUGAUUCAGGUGUUGCUACAGAGGUGAGCAAUAUCAUGGAUAUAGCUAUAAACUCCUGUGUGCCGACCCACUCUAGCAGAUACAGCAGAGUUUCUAAAGAUGAUUAUUUUAAAUUGCCAUUGCUGAAAUUAAAUUCAAGAGGAUUUAUUUUGUCUGUGGGGACCUUGAAUUAUGCUCCUGGCAUUAAUAAUUGUAAUGGACUAUAACUGUUUAAAGGAAUUAUGAAUAUUGACACAAGUCUCCAAAUUCUAUUCUUAAACCCUUUGGAUUUUUAAAUGAGUAGACACGAUCUUCCUCAUUGUAUGUGAGAUGUAUGUUUUCUUUCUUGGGAGUCAGAGGACAAAUCUGCCUUGUCCCUCACCUGUCUCCCUCCAAAUAAAAUUCAUUAUUCAUACCCAAACAGUGGUGAGUCUAUUGGAAUUAACCUUGACAAAAGUGUUUUCCUUACCUUUCUAAUGAGUAGCAUGGAUAAGACAGAGUACCAUCUCCUGAACAGAGCCAGUACAGACAGCAUUAGAUGAUGAACUUUUUCCUUUACUCUCAAGUCACUCUGUGAUUUAAAUUGAGACAUUAAAAAGAUUGCCUCCAGCAACCGCUGGACCAGGAAACCUCAGCUGUACCAAGAUUCCUCCUUCCUUUCCUUCCCCUCACCCCCCUGUAUUCCAAAGUAAAUGACUUUCUCAGGAAAAUAAACAGAGAUUUCCCUGUCAUACCCUGGGAAAUGAAGGUGGCUCUUAUUUUUAUUUCCGUAUUUCACGGUACCUGUUUGUUUUAGAAGUGCCUUGUGUUUGUAAAGAUUGCUCAAGAGCACUGGAGGAGCUGAUCAGUGGCCUUUCUCUUUCUGGCUUUUUUUUCUUUCCUUUUUUUUUGUUUUCCUUUCCUUCUUUCCUUUCUUUUCUUUCUCUCUUUUUUUCUUUCUUUCUUUCCUUAAAGCUAAGGUGUGCCAGAGGUGAUGCACUGAUGCUGAGGAGGCAUCAACAGCUCUGGAACUGUAGAACCCUCUCAAAUGUAAGCACUGGCAGUGUCUACAGAGAGAUCGUGAGACGCUGAAGCAGAGCUUAGCUGCUGUUAAGCAUGUCAUCUGCUCGCUAACACUCAGAGCGCAGUGUUCCCUAAUCACAAAACAUGAACCAGUCCCGAUGGAUUGAAUGGAGGACUCUGAAUCUGAGCAGUAGUGUUAUGAACGUAUCUGAGCACCUCUCCUGCCCUCUUGGAUUUGGUCACUACAAUGCAGUUGACAUCUGUAUCCUUGAGACGGUUGUUAUUAUCUUGCUAACUUUUUUAAUUAUUGCGGGUAACUUAACUGUGAUAUUUGUUUUCCACUGUGCUCCACUUCUGCACCAUUAUACCACCAGCUAUUUUAUCCAGACCAUGGCCUACGCUGAUCUUCUUGUUGGAGUUAGCUGCUUGGUUCCUACCUUGUCACUGCUUCACUAUUCAACAGGUGUCCACGAGUCCUUGACCUGUCAAGUUUUCGGAUAUAUCAUCUCUGUGCUAAAAAGCGUGUCUAUGGCGUGUCUUGCUUGCAUCAGUGUGGAUCGCUAUCUCGCUAUAACAAAGCCUCUCUCCUAUAACCAACUGGUCACACCUUGUCGCUUGAGAAUCUGCAUCAUUUUGAUCUGGAUAUACUCUUGUCUGAUCUUCUUGCCUUCCUUUUUUGGUUGGGGAAAACCUGGUUACCAUGGAGAUAUUUUUGAAUGGUGUGCUACCUCCUGGCUAACUAAUGCCUAUUUUACUGGCUUUAUUGUGUGCUUACUGUACGCUCCCGCUGCCUUUGUCAUUUGUUUCACAUAUUUCCACAUCUUCAAAAUCUGCCGGCAGCACACCAAAGAGAUCAAUGAUCGGAGAGCUCGAUUUCCUAGCCACGAAGUGGAUGCUGCUGGGGAGACUGGGCACAGCCCUGACCGCCGCUAUGCCAUGGUAUUGUUUCGGAUAACCAGCGUGUUCUACAUGCUGUGGCUCCCUUAUAUCAUAUACUUUCUGCUGGAGAGCUCUAGGGUGUUGGAAAACCCAGCACUUUCCUUCUUAACAACGUGGCUUGCUAUAAGCAAUAGUUUCUGCAACUGUGUGAUCUAUAGCCUCUCCAACAGUGUCUUCAGGCUGGGACUGCGGAGACUGUCAGAGACAAUAUGUUCAUCUUGUAUGUGUUUAAAAGACAGGGAUGUACGGGACCCUAAACCAAGGAAACGGGCUAAUUCCUGCUCCAUUUAAAGAGAACUGGUGUGUGUCGUCAAACACGGAGUUUUGAUAGUAUUUGCUGUAUCUGGGAACUUACCAGAAGAGGAAUGUUUACGUGAUUAGUGUGCUAUGCUGUUAAAGCUGAAUUUAAAAGUGCUUUUGGAAAAGAGAAAGGCUGCUCUAAGAGGGGUCACUGAACUUUGCAUAUAGCUCUUGUGCAAUUGUGAGGAGAGCCGUUCAACAGAGGUGAUGGAGAAAGUCAGAACUAAAACCUUCCAAAGGGCAUGUUAUACCUACCACAUCAAAGGAGGUUCCUCAUAAAAUAAAUAAGUUAGUUACUACCUUAUAUUUUUGCCCUUGUAGAAAAGUUGUCUUACUAUCUUUGUGUCAGAAUAUACUGUAGCCUUCUGAAUUUAAAUAUAUUUAAGAGGCAACAAUCAACUACACAGUAAGUGGCUAUCUGUAAAUUAUAUUCCUGAGGACUUACAGUAGAUGUUGCAGAUUAAUAACCAGCUCUGUCUCUGCUCACAUCUUGUACAAUUUUCAGUUUUACAAACAGUCCACAACGCAUAAACCCUACACCGGGCAUGAUGCUUUUGGAUAAAAUGGCACAUUCUGGUACGACUUUCACAGACCCUUGCCCUCAUUUCCCCUGUUAUUUAUUUAUUUAUUUAUUUAUUUAACUAUUUAACUAUUUUCCCUCCAUUCUGUGCAUCUCUAAAUUCCAUCAAGUUGCAGUGCUUCAGUUUGAGGACACCUACAAGGUAAAAUGAGUUUCAAAUCACUCUUCCUGGAGAAAGCAAUAGCCUUUCCUGGCCAGCUGAGUAUCUGCAGCUGCCCGUGUACAAUGACUUUUUUAGUCUUUCAUUCUCUCAGUCCUGUUAAAUUAGCACACAGUAUUGAUGUAGUGUCCUUUAGGGUGUACUAAAGCUUUUUCUUUAUUGGCUACACAGAUAAUCCUAAUGCAAAUAUGAUAAUCACACACAGCAGUGUGCUAUUCUGCUUAGAAAAUUAAAAAUAAAUAACAACCUUUUCUUUGGGAAGUCUGAAUAGCUUACUGUUGUAGCUGUCAAUCCUUUGUGUGAACCUAGCUUGCACAUACUAUAUUCUUUUUUAUCAAAAAUUUUUUUAGAGAAAAUGUAAAUUGUGGUCUGUGCCUAAUGUUUUCAUAGCACAUGGAAUAGGUCAAUGCUACAGAAUUAAAAAAAAAAAACUCAUUUUAAGAGAACUACUUCUGUGCAGUUGUUGAAAUCUAUGUUUGUUGGACAAGUGCUUUUGGAGAAGGUGAACAAGACAGUCUAGUAUUAAAUACAGGCAAAGAGCUUCAGUAUUUCCUUUUGUAGUGAACUGACUUUCAGGUCCACUGAUUGAAACUUUUUUAUUUUGCAAGGGCGCACGUUAGGUUUGUGUAAUAAACUGCCAGGGGUUCAGAUGCAUGCCAAUCAAUAAAAUAUUUAAAUUAUUAUUUUGAACCAAAUGUAAUUUUCUUAGAUGGUUAUUGGCUUUUAAAUAAGGCCCAAUUAUUGAUUAUUGGUGCCUUUUAACACUGCACUAUUAUUCCUUCUUUCACCAAAAUGCAUAUGUAAAGACCGUGCCUAUUACUUUUUGUACCAGAAGCUAGCCACGUUUGCACACCUGUGGUUUGACUCUAGAUCUCCCUUAAUUAUGUACUCUGUUUUGUUGAGGUGGUUCUGAACCCCUGUACAUUUUUAAACAUGUAAGAAAGUUGAAACAAUGGAAUAAAGUAGUAUUAUGUAUAUCAAACCCAGCCUUGGCUUUAGUUCCCUGCUGUUAACACUCUGUUCUCUGUGAAAGUUCCUCUGGGCUCCGAUCACCUUAUGAAGGAACUCAUGAAGGACUUACAAGUUGACUAUUUAAAAUCCCAAACUCAAAGCUGUUUGCUUUCUGUCUUAAGUGUUUGUAUGCUGGUUCCUAACAUUGCACAACCUUUAAAGCAGAUUGAAAUACAUCUUGAAACAUUCCUCUGGCUAAGCUGAGCUGUUGCUGGCAAUUAGCCCUGACCUAUUAUGGAAAAAUGAGUAGCUCUCCUUCUGUGGACCUCAUAUUCCUCCAUGUCUAUGGGAAUGGGCCUGUCGCCUUCUUUUGAAAAGUUGCUGUUUAUUUCCAAAGAUUAUUUUGGGCUGCUCCAGAAGGUUUUGUAAGCCUGUUUCUUCUCUCAAACAAGACUUGGAUUUGUUUAGUUCUGUGAUUAUCUGUAUCGUUUCCUGCUCAGUUAGGUUCUCAGUGUGCAAGACUUAGUCAAGGAACAGUGAAAUAUCUCAUCUCUCCCAGCUCACGCGGCUGGUGCCAUACUGAUAACGUAGUUCUACGGCUGUGCUCCAAAGCUGGGCGCUUCCUGCCUCUGGUUUUGUUGGCAGUCCUGGCAACAGGUUUCUGUGUGACCUCCAGAAAUUCAAGAAAGGCUCUAGAAAAUCCUUGAAGUUGGACAAACCUUUUAUUAAAAACAAGAAACACGUCUUGAAGGCAGUAGAAUAUCUAUUUAGCAUAGUACUGUAACUACAAACAUGUAGAAAUACACAAGCUAACUCAUUUGUAUCGGUAGUGCCUUAGUCGAACCCUGCUUGUAAAACCUCAACAGAGUUGACGCGCAUCAACUCGAAGCUUUACUGCCUGCAAGCCGGAGGCCAGGCCGGGAGGCUCCCUUUCUGCAGAGGCUGCAGCACAAGGUUACGCACCAGCCGCUGGCCCCUUGCCCCACAGGGCAGAGUUAGCAAUACAUCCCUCUCGACCAUCGUGCUGAGCUUGUUGAGUUAUCAAGUGGGAGUGAAGAUUUCUCUUUUCCUUAGGCAGACUUUGAAGGGAGAGAAUACAGCAGAAGUCCACUGCGAAGUCCACUGCCCUGCACACAAAUCCUAGUUUCCUAUACUCAUCACUUUUUUUUUUUUUCUUCCUUAACCAUCAACAUAACGUUGGUGGAAGAGCACUAAUUUGCUUGUCAGGAGCCUGAAUUUCACUUUCUCUAAAAUCAGAUUUCAACCUGUUGUCUGUAAACCCGAGUCUCCUACUUUCCUGGAAAGUGUCAAAUUAAACAUCUUCAGCAGAGUUAAAUACUGCAUUUCCUAUUGCUGCUUUCAAGGUGAUGGGAUUCGACCCAGUGGUCAGUCAUGCGAAUUUUUAAGUUUAGUGUUUCAUUUUUCAAAAGUGCUUUCUAAACUCAUAAUGUAUUUAUUUUUUUUAAGGGAGGUUUGUUAUUGUUUUACUAAUGCUAUCUGAGGAUUCCAGCUGGUGCUGACUUCUCUUCCAAAAAUGAUAAAGGCAGACGUUUCGAUGGAUAAAAAAAAAAAAAAAAGUCCAGUAGAAAUUUCAGUCACUCAAUCUGUCACUUUUAAUUUUGAAUCUGUAUAAAGUUCCAUGAUGUUGUAUGAAAAUCUGAUUAAGGAAUGGGACUUUUAAAGCUGGCAUCUCUUACACAAAAAUGUUUUAAGAGUAUGUUAUCCCAGUUUCAUGUGCCUAAAGUUCUUCAUGAGGUAUAAAGUUGCUAGUAAUAAGAUCACAUAAUGCUAACCAAAUAAAUCGAUUUGAUCGCAUCAUUACUGAUAUUAUAGGUAAUAAGGUUGCUAAAGCUUUAGGUUCCUUAAAAAAAAAAAAAGGGGGGGGGGGAAGCUAACAGCUACUUAUAUGUAAAAUAGUAAAUAAAAAGGUUAAAGUGAAGAGAGACAUCUAAUAGGUAAGCAAAACAAACAUGCAUGGAGUUCCUUUGUGCCGUUAGGUUUCUCUGGAAUACUUCUGCUUGUAGGAGGCAAGGUAAAGGUCAACUGUGUUACUGUGUUUAGAAACUCAUGUCUCCAGCCUAAGGAAAAGGAAAAAAAAAUAAAUCCUGUAAUGGCAGAAAAAAUGCUACCAGAAAAGUAAUUUUUUCUUCUCCAACUACUAUUUGCUUCCUUCUUUUCUGGAAUAGCUGAGUGCAUUCCUCUUCAAAAUAGUCUUUAAAGGGAAAAACAACUGUAGUAAUGAAAAGCACAAGGCUGUCUUUUAAAUGUUUAAUUACUGUUUUUCUUAUAGGAAGAUUUUUUUUUCCACUUACAAACCCAUCUUGUGAUCAUACUUGGUAAAGCAUGAGGUCUCACACUAGGCUUAUUUUUAUGCAAAAUCUAUGUGCAUCCUUUGUUGAAAAGUUGUGUUCUGCUUUACUGAGCCACCUUUCCCAGGUACAUUUUAUGAAGACUUUUUAAAAUAGCAUUUAUUUCAUUUUUACAAAUAUUUUUAUGUUAUUAGUGUUUGCCAACUGAAUAUCUGUAGUGAUGCUCAGUUUUUAUCCUUUCCAAAAUUAAUAAAAAUGUCUUUUUUUUUUUUUUUUUUUUUUAGUAAAAUAACUUACUAGUCAAUAUUAGCAAUGGGCUAUUGAGAAAAAGUGGGUCGAUAUAACAAUUUGCAAUUUCAUUAGCUUCUUAUCCUGUGUAUGACAAAUGGAGCUUAAAUAUAAACAACAGAUAGUUGCUGCAACAGGGUAUCAAGUUGCUGGGAAAUGCAUCAGGGUUUCUGCUCUCCCAAAGCUGGUUUUCAGAAUGGAAGUGUUCCAUCUUUCCGUAUGGCAGCGGUAGCCCAGCAAAUAACCAUAUGGAUUGUUUUGUGCUGCUGCUGAAGUGUUGAGGCUCUGUACGCCAACGUCCGAGCUGUUGCAAACGUGCCUUAACCAGAGGUCUGGCUCAGUCCUGGAGCUGACCCUGCCAAGGGGACGUGCCAGAGGUUCAUCAGGCCAUGGGUGCCGGGGGGAGGCCAAUCAGCGGAGGUGGCAGUAGCCUCCUCAGCUAGCCUCUAGGAUCGGUUCAUCUGCAGGGCUUUCAGUUCUGCUGUCACCUGAAGGAUCGGUUUAAGCCUUUGACUUACUGCCCCCUGUACCCUUGCCCUUUCUCUUUGGGCUGUUUUAAGUGCAGGGUCUACAUCGUUCAACAAAUUCACUGAAUUAGGUAAAAUAUUUUGUGUGUCACUUGACUGGCGAAACCUGGCAUCGCUUUGUUAUCUAGGUGAUGAUUAAUUUUUAGGCCUUUCCAGAAAAGGAAGCAUCUCGGAGGUAGCAUUUUCUUGUCGCUUGCAGAUUGUCUGGAAUGUUGCUUAAAGAUGGCAUUUUCCAAAGACUGCAUGAUUUUUGCUAAACCAAAUACCAAGUUAAAGUAAAAUCUGUUUUUUUUUUUUUUUUUUUUUCCCAAUUAUCCUAUACGUGUUUAUUUUUUUUUAGUUGAUACUGAAUUCAUAUGUAGAUCUCUGCAGUCAUUAAGCGUUUUUAAUUGUUAACAAUGGACUAUGUCAUUAUUGUAGAUCAGUGGGAUGAAAGCGAUUCAGAAGGAUAUUUAAGGUAGCUUCCUACUCACAGAUUUUUCUAGUCAAGCUUAAAUGACAUGACUCCUUUCUCCAUCUGAUGUUAGGAAAAUCCUUCCAGAAAAUAUGAUGUGAGCUCAACAAGCUUUAAGUGCUAAAGGAACAGUACGUGAGUGAAGGAGAAGCUGUUAAUGGCUCAGUUCCUCAGCACAACCUCAAGAAAACAUCAACAAAAUCUAAUCUCCCUUUAACAUCCAUGAUUUCUGUGGACUUUUCCUUUGUCUGUACUGUGUAAAAAGUACUGUGAAAGUACUGUGAAGGAUAGGUCGAAUAUAAGGAAACGUUAGUGCUGUCAGCUGUGCUGACAGGAGGCUGGGAAAAGCAAUUUCAGGCAGUAAAAAUGCCUGGAGAUUUUGGGAUUUUAUCACAGUCUUAUGCUGACUCCUGCCAAACAUAACCCUCUUGAGAAGAAGGUGAUAGAAGUGCUACAGGCUUUUCAUUUUACUCUUAAUCACCCUGUGACUCGAUUUGAGCAAAACGAAGGCGAUUCUGAUUGAAAUGCAGCUUCUAUAAAUGCAGUCAUUACCAGGCAAAAAAGUUGUACGUUUUGUAUAUGAUAUUCACUCAGGCCUCAAAGCUUGUAAUCUAAAUUUUACAAUCAGCAAUAUCAGAAAAAGUGACAAAACACAAAGUUUUUUGUGAAGAGGAAGCUCAGAGAUGUCAGCAUUAAUCACAUGAGGGUGUUUCUGUAUCUUGGUGAUACUGCUUUUUCGUUCUUUGUUUUCUUUAACUGAAAUGCAUAUGCCUGUUGGCUUGUUUCUCUUCUUUUGUAAAUUAUUUGAAUAAGCACAAAUUCUUUUCAUCAUGGAAGAGGUCUGUUUUAUGAAAUAUUUUCGUGAAAAAUUGGAUAGUGCCUUGGGGAAGUAUGAUCGAGUGCUCCUUGGGAGAAAGUGCAGAGCAUACAAGUGCUUUGAAUUUCAUACACUUCAGUUAGGGAAGUCUUCAGAUGUCUGUAUGCGGUGAAGGUUUCUGGUCCUUGAAUGUGUCUCUCAAGUGGUAUUUAUGCUUGUGCAUGUAUUAUUUAAAAGCUGUUCUUGCGUGACAUUUGAAUUUAUAAUUGCAAAUGGACAAGUGGUAUUUCCAGAGACCAGGCAGACUUGUUCUGACCUAUGAAAGACGCCUGCUGAACCCACAGGCUGUUAAGGCUCCCGGAGUGAUGGCAGCACACAGGUUCUCGUGAGCUGUGCUGUUGUGGGGGGGACAAGGCCGGGAUGUGUGGACUGAGGCAGGAGAGCUGCUGGAUGAGCCUCUCCGUGGCUCUGGGGCACGGCAGCGGGUGACCUCUGGCUGAGUACUUUAUAUUAAUGCCGUUGUGUUACUGUAUGUCUGUGCUCACAUCUGUGCUUAAACGCCAGCUGUCAAAUACAAGGCGUUUGUGUCAUUUUGGAAGAUGCAUUCUCUCCUCUUUCCUGCUGAGAUUCCUGUAGAUCCCUUUCAGUACCACGUGCCAUUUAAACCUCUGAUUCACACUCACUGACUAAACCGGCCGUGGUUUAAAUGGUUCCAGUUGCAGCAGCAGAGGCAGCAGAACGAAACACGCCUGUGCCUCACCUCCUUUUACCUUGGCUCUCCCAGGUCAGGCUGGCAGCUCCGAGCAGUGCCACGUUUCAGGGGCAGGGCUGUGACAUCCAGCGCGAUGGUGUGGCCGCCAAGCCCUCGUGUGCUCUCGUACCCACGCUGAGUGGGGUUCAGCAGCCAGAAAAUGGCUUUGGGAGACAGCUGAAGGCAGCAGUGCCUUAAAGGGCUUCUACAAGGUUUUUGCAGGGUUUAGAAUAGUAAGGAAAUUAGUAGAAAGUUAUUGAAAAAAGGGGAAAAAGAGAGCUUCGUAUGCUGUGAGUAAUGAAUUACUGGGUCAGGAACUGAUGGAUCUCUUUUUAACCUGUGCCCUCACAAGGUAAACAGGAUCUUCAUCAAAGAGUUUCAGUAUAACCGGGUGGAUUGUGGACACUCCAGUUUUUGUAAUGAUUAUUGUGCAACUAUACGUCCUUAAGGCUUGUAAACAGUCAUAUAAUGGCAAGGUUCCAGUGGCAGCUUUUUCUUCAUUUCAAGGGCUUUGGGGAUCACUUUGUGGCUAGAGUCAGAUGAGCACCAAGCAUAUGCUAAAACAACCAAAGCCAAAACAGUCAACACUGGCUAUUGGUCAAAGACCUUUAUCCAAAACUGCUUUCUCCAUAAUACUGGCUACUUAAUGUUUUCCAGGCCACACUUUAUAUUGGCGUAUGAAGAUGACGUAAAACACUAAGAAAUCUAAUAAAUAUAAUUACAUAAUAUCAUAAUAAAAUUAGUUUUAAGAUUUUUAAUUUUUCAACUCAGGACUUUAGGAGACCAUAUUUUCUGAUAUUCAGUAUCUUGGGAUCCAAUUAAUUAUUUUCCUUUGCUGGCUGUGCUUUACGUUGACCUCUGGCAUGUGUUGUUUUUUUUUAAUUCAAUCUUAAAUUUGAAUUUGAAUUUUAAAUUCAAUUUUGCUGUUACUUAGAUAUGUUCUUCACUUGAGUCAUGUAAAAGCCUUUAUGAGAAUAUUAGAAAGAUCUCGUCCUUCACGGGAACACUAUUGAGCCUUAAAUCUAUUUAGGAUGUAUUCCAUUGUACCUAAAAGGAGCUGCUGUUGUACCUUUUUUACCAGAUUUCAGGUGUCUUGGCAAUAAGCCUCAGCUCCAGGUGCCAAGUUCUCCAACUUCUUCUGUUGAGCUAGAAUAAUGUUUGCCACUGAUUUUUUUUUGUAAAUGUUACUGACUAAAGAAACUCUGUUCUGGUGGUGAAUCAGCAUUCUAUUCUAUAGAAAUUUCUAUUUCUAUGGUAUGUAUUUCCUUUGAUUUUGAUGAGAGCAUAAGAGGGUUAUUGCUUAAGUGCAGCUAUAAGUUGCAUCCAUGUUAUCCCUGUGAAUUUGUGGCUCCUUUCUUCUGGUUUGCCUUUCUUCUGCCUUGGGAAGCUCAUCCGGGGGGAGGGGGGGAAGUGUGUUUGUGAUGGUUGGUCGUUGAUACAAUUGUGCUUUGAUGGUCAUUUUAUUUUAUGAAUUCACUGCAUUAGCGAUGCCUGUAUUUUAAAAAUAAAAGUCAUGGCAAAAUGCUCUUGUAA